GUGUGUUGGUCUCCGGCGACAUGGCUGUGAAUGGAUCCUGUUCGUAUGUUGAGGUGAAUAACUGUGUUCUGAAUGGAGUCAGGACUGCCUUGAGUGAGUCGUCCUCUAUUUGCAGUGACAUAGGGGAAAUAUCCGAAACUGAAGUUAUGAAAUCCACCAGCUGCACCUUUGAUGAUCCGUUUGACUCCAUUGAAGAGUCUUGGCAUCAUUGUGACAACAUGGUGCAGACAAGUGACAACAAGAUACAUGUGGCCAAUAGCCUGAUGGACGUGGACCAGGACCCUCGCAAACGGCUGUACUUUGCUGACGGCCGAAGGAAAGUGGACUAUGUGCUGGUGUACCACUACCGAAAACGUUCCUUCGUCAGGGGGUCUCCUAAUCAACACAGACUGUCCACUAUCUCCAAUGGUAGUUAUCCUUUAGGAGUGGAGGAAAAAGAUCCAGUGGGAGGGAAGGAUGAACCUGUGGAGGUGGUGGUGGACGUUGGACCACCAGACCCCGCCGAUGGGGAGAAAAUCAUGAUCCGAGAGGAGUUCGAGGGCAAUUUAAAACAGGCUGGGCUGGAAAUUGAGCGUGAUAAAGAGAGCAAGACUCAUGGUCAGGCUUUCAUCCGGCUACAUGCACCUUGGCAGGUGUUGAGCAGAGAGGCAGAGUUUCUCAAGAUCAAGGUGCCCACCAAAAAGAGUUACGAGUUGAGGGAAGAUAAAGGUCUGGCUGCCACCAUGAACGAACUGUGGCGGAAGUUAAAUCAACCGUUCCAGCCCAAAGUACCACAUCAGGAGCAAGAGCAAAGCCGCACCAAGUUCCUCUCUCACUGUUUUUCCCGGGACAAGCUCCACCUGUACAACAUCACCUCGAAGGACACCUUCUUCGACAAUGCCACAAGGGGCCGAAUAGUGUAUGAAAUCCUCAGACGCACCGCCUGUGCACGGACCUGCCAAACCAUGGGUAUCUCCACUCUGAUAGCUAACGGGGUUUAUGAUUCAGCAUUCCCACUGCACGAUGGAGACUUUCGCCCCACUGGACAAGCCGAGGGGAAGAACGACAGACAGCUGUUACAUGAUGAGUGGGCAAGAUACGGUGCUUUUUACAAGUAUCAGCCUGUUGAUCUUAUCAGGAAGUACUUUGGGGAGAAGAUAGGUCUCUACUUUGCCUGGCUUGGUGUCUAUACUCAGCUACUGAUGCCUGCAUCUGUGGUGGGCAUCAUCGUGUUCUUCUACGGCUGGGCCACAGUGGAAACAAACAUACCUAGCCAGGAGAUGUGUGACGAGGAUCAGAACUUCACUAUGUGUCCCCUCUGUGAUCGGGCAUGUGAUUACUGGCAUCUGAGCACAGCGUGUGGCACAGCGCGUGCCAGCCAUCUCUUUGACAACCCAGCCACCGUGUUCUUUGCCAUCUUCAUGUCCCUCUGGGCGGCCAUGUUUCUAGAGCACUGGAAGCGCAGACAGAUCAGUUUGAACUAUAGUUGGGAUCUGACAGGCAUGGAGGAGGAGGAGGAGCAUCCCAGACCGAAAUACGAAACAAUACUCCUUCAGAAGAGGCAGAGUAAGAAGAAAAAUAAGAAGAACAAAAAUGAGCCUGAGAGAGUUGUGGACGAGAGCGGGGAACUGGGGAAGGACAAAUGGAGGCAGAGGUUACUGUCAGCCAUGGCAGCUGGGAAUCCGACUGGACACGAGAAGUUAACAUGGAGGGACAGGCUGCCUGGAUAUUUCAUCAACAUUUCCUCCAUUCUGUUCAUGUUUGGAGUGACGUGCUCUGCCGUGUUCAGUGUCAUCAUUUACCGCAUCACCAUCUCCGCACUCAUGGCAAUGAGCCCAGACCCAGAUGUCAAGUCUAACGUCCGAGUGACCGUCACGGCCACCGCCGUCAUCAUCAACCUGGUGGUCAUUCUCAUUCUAGACGAGAUCUACGGCAUGGUGGCUGCCUGGCUCACAGAACUGGAGAUCCCUAAAACAGAGACCAACUUUGAGGAGCGUCUGAUUCUGAAGGCUUUCCUCCUGAAGUUCAUGAAUGCCUAUGCACCCAUCUUCUACGUGGCCUUCUUUAAAGGGAGGUUUGCAGGCCGCCCCGGUGACUACGUUUAUGUCUUCAAUGACUACCGUAUGGAAGAGUGUGCUCCUGGCGGCUGUCUAAUUGAACUCUGCAUCCAGCUCAGUAUCAUCAUGUUGGGGAAGCAGCUUAUUCAAAAUAACAUCUUUGAGAUUGGCAUACCAAAGCUGAAGAAGCUGUGCCGCACGCUAAAGGAUAAGGAGCGGGACCCCAAGGAGAUUGUGGAGCAGCCAGGACGCCGCCAACAAUGGCAUCUGGACUAUGACCUGGAGCCUUUUGACGGACUCACACCUGAAUACAUGGAGAUGAUCAUUCAGUUUGGUUUUGUGUCGCUCUUUGUGGCCUCAUUCCCCUUGGCUCCGCUUUUCGCCCUCUUAAACAAUAUCAUCGAGAUCCGCCUCGACGCCAAGAAGUUUGUCACUGAGCUUCGCAGGCCAGAUGCCGUGAGGGCCAAAGAUAUUGGUAUCUGGUACAACAUCUUGAGUGGUUUGGGAAAGUUCUCAGUCAUCAUCAAUGCUUUUGUCAUCUCCUUCACAUCAGAUUUCAUCCCUCGCCUGGUCUACCAGUACAUAUACAGCGAGACAGGGACCAUGCACGGCUUCAUCAACCACACGCUCUCUUACUUUAAUGUCAGCAACUUUAAACCUGGAACUGUGCCUUCAGUCUCCAGUCUCGGCAAAGACAUUACAGUCUGCAGAUACAAGGACUACAGAGAACCGCCAUGGUCGACUGAGGCGUACCAGUUCUCUAAACAGUACUGGUCGGUUCUAGCUGCUCGGUUAGGUUUCGUUAUAUUGUUCCAGAACCUGGUGAUAACCAUGAGCAUGCUGGUGGCCUGGGUCAUCCCGGACGUGCCCAAAAACAUCAGCGAGCAGCUUAAGAAGGAGAAGACUCUUCUGGUGGACGUCUUCCUAAACGAGGAAAAGGAGAAGUUGCAGCUGAUCCAGAGCCUGUUCUCUAAAGAUUUGACCCAAGAGCAGCAGGAUGAGGUGCAGGUGUCGGAUCAGACCUCGCUGCCCCUUCAGGAAACCCACACUGGACCGGUCCUUUCCGCCCCGUGCCCGGGCUCCACAGCUCCCCGCACCCGUCCCCGAGCUGCAAGCUUCAGCCAAUUCACCCGCCAGAUGUCCAUGUCUCCCCGCAGCGACAUCACCCAGCACACGGCCGUGUGAAGGAGGUCGGGCGAGAGAAGAUGAGUCUACCGGUGGAGCGUGUUUAACAGUGCCUGCGCGCUAGGUUUUGAGGAUUUGCCGAAGUUUGAGGCUCUGUGUUGGGAGUUUUGGGAAUCAGGUGUUGUCACUCCUUUUGGUCUCUGAGCUGUAUGUCUGAAUGCCUGUCUACAGGCUCCACGUCUGGUUUUUAAACACACAGAUGUUCCUAGCGUUUUCAGGGACAUCUGACACUUGAGCUUCAAUAGGACCGCUUGCAGAUGCAGUUCAUUCCAUAUGCAUUGGCGUUCGUUGAGUGCAGGAACACGAGCGGGUCUCACAUCCUCUUGGAACGUUUUUCUCCUUGACCUGUUCUUGAACGAGGAUGUUUGUCGGGACAAACUCACAAAGAGCAGCACACAUUUGGUGACGUUGCGUAAUCUGUACAUGCUGUCCAAAUGCAAACUGCUUUGCACAUUGUCCACGAGAUGUAGCAUAUAACGGCAAAUAAUAACCCUUCAUUUUCUCAGGUAACAGCGCCACUGUAGGCUGUAUUUGUUCUCAUCAAUUGGGUGAAUAAAGACUAUGAUGCGUGUUAGUAAGUUAAGGUGCAAAGAACACAAUUACGAUGUGGUAAUGCGACGUAUCCUGUGAAAUGUGUGGCGUUUUGUCUUUUUAACGUCCCAGCCCUCUCAUAAUGCAUCACAUAAAGGCAAUGUGUAAUUAAACUCAAGUUUGUCAAUCCAUAUAUUUAUGCUACGCCUCCUUCUGAUAAACUGCGGGGCUGUAGAUUGGGAUCACACAGCAUUCGCUGUAUUUAUGAUUGUGGAGCAGCUGGUCUUUUUGUGCCAUGUCAUCUGUAAUCAUCCCAUGAAUUUGCCGUCACUGGUGUGGGAAGGUUGAAGGGGGGUUACUGUCAUCCAGGGAGGAAACAUGGAUAGAUGUUGUGUGCCAACAUCUGGCCAUCAAGUCAUCAUUCACUAUGCCUCAUAGGACUUAAUACUCAUGCAAGAAGAAUAAAUAUUUAAUCCCAAUUA